AUGAAUUGUUAUAAGAAAGAAAUCACAAAAAAUUGGUUAUAUUAAGAAGAUAAAUAUAUAGAAAAUAUAGUUGGUGCUUUUGAAGUAAUAAAAUUACAUGAAGAAAGAUCAAUAUAAGCUGGAAAUGCUCGUUAAAAGAUUGCAGAAUAACUAUAAAAAUAUAUUGAUGAAGAUCCAUAAGAUUUGCCUCAACAUUUAAGUACACAACAUGUUCUUUCACUUGAUGAAUAACUUUUAGAUUAUUCAUGUUAUAAGAAAGGUGGUAUAUUUGGAUCUGUGACAUAAAGAUAAUGUUAAUUGUAAAAAACUACACUUGGAUAAUCUAAGAAAGGUAAUGUAAUUAUAAAAACUUUUGGUGUUAUUAAAACAUUUAAUAUUUAACAUCUUGAAGAUGCCAAUAAAGAUUUCAAAUGGGAUGUAAGUUAUUAAAAGUUUCCUGUAAGACUUAUGUUCAAUUUUAUUAAACAUAGUCCUGUAUGGAUAUAUUUUACAGGUGAUGAUGAAAGUUAAAAGUUUUAUGAUUAUUUUAAGUGUCAUAUUACUAUGAAUAAAAUUCUAAAAUUGCCUACCAUUAUUUAAGAAUCAUUGUCACUUGUAAAAGAGAAUUAUUUUCUAUUAUUUGCUUAAAAAUUAGAGACCUACUCAAUACAGGUUAUAUAAUAAAGAAAAAAGGCUGCUAAAUUAGGAAAAGAAGAAGCUAAAUUCUUAAUGGAAAUAGAUAUCAAAAUAAUAAGAAAUAUUUUAUAAAAGAAAUGGUUAAAUAAGAGUGUUUAAUUCUUUAAAAGAGAAGAAAGAAUGAAUUAAAUGGCUGAUGAAGAGAGAAAAAAAUUAGAUUAAAUUAGAUAAUAAGAUGAAAAUAAAAAAAUGAAAUGGCGUUAAUUUCUAGGAUCCAAAUCAGUACUAAAUUUUGAAUUAUCAGAAUGGUUAAGACCUAUGAUGGCAGAUUGGUUAGAAAAAAGUGAAGAAAUACAAAACACUUAAAAAGUUAGGGAAUUAAUAUUUACAAUUCUAAUUAAAUCAAUUAAUAUUGCUGUUGAUAUUAAUUUAAUUAAACCUACACUAUUUGUUGAAUUAUAAUCUGUAGAAUAGGAUUCUAAAUUAACAAUGGAAGCAUAUUUAGGAUAACAAAAGACAGAUCAUUUUUAUAAUUGGUUAUUGAGAGAAUAAAACUUUGAGAAUAAAAUAUUAUCUAAAUAAUAAGAAAGAAAACCAUGUUCUUUUAUAAUUUCAAAUAUUAAUAGUUAAGAUCAUAUUUCAAUUUAAUUUAAAGAUAUGGUCAAUGCUUUUUAUGAUACAGCAACUAUUCCCUUUAAAAUUAUUGUUAAAGAAUUACUUCAAUAAUCUUAAUAAGGAAGAUCAAUGUGGAUACCUUUAAAAUUAGUUUAGACCAAUUCAUUAAAAACUGAAUCCAAAGAGAGUAUCAUAUAUUUAGAAAUUGAUAUUCAUGUCAAACCAUCUAUCAUGAUGCAUAAUCCCUCAUCUUAUGAAGAAGAAUUAGAAUAUAUAGUUGAACAUUCUCUUGCUUUUUCAGAUCCUAUCUAUUUAAAUACUAUUUAAAUUCCAAAAAUGAAUAAAGAUAUUAUGAAAUUUAUCCUAAUCACAUUAGAAGAAAGCAAUAUUUGUAUGAAAUAAAGUAUGUAAAUGUUAAGUUAUAUUCUAUUUUUAUAAUAAAAAAAUCCAGAAACUCUUAAUAAAUAAAUGCAUUAAUUAUAAAUGGUCUUUAUUAGAAAGGUUAUUUUAAAUUUAUGUCAUAAUUUUGGUUUAAUGGAAAAAUAAAUUAAAUAAUAUGAACUUGUAUCAUAUCGUUUAGAAUCUAUGAAUUUUUACAAUAUCAAAAAUCCAUAAGUGUAAGAAUUAGUUAAUGGACUAUUUUUAAUGGGAAUUCCAUAUUAUCUAAGAAACAAAUUAUGGUUUUAAUUAUUGUAAAUAUCAUUUGAGCCAAUCAAAAAAGUUCUGAGUUUAAACUAUAAAAUUAAUCUAGAUAAAGAGGAUGGUAUGAAUGAAAGUGUUUCUCUCUAUUAUAAAAUAUCUCAACUUAAAUAAAAUUUAAAAAAAACCUUACUUUAAUAAAUAGACAUCUAUUUGAGACAAGAGGAUAGUAGGAAAGGAUUUGGCAAUGAACAAUUUUAUCAUCAAUUAAAGAAUCUUUUGGUUUGCUUCUUAUUAUAUCAAGGAAAUUUAGGAUUGAUCCCUAAUUAAAUUUAUAUCCAUCAUCUAUUUACUUUAGCCAAAAAAAUGUUAGCUAUGCAAAUCUACUAUCAUGUAAGAUACAAUGAUUAUACUGAAUUCGCAAAUGAAACUAAAUAGACUCCUUCUGAUUUAAUUAAUGAAAGUAGAGCCUUCUGGUUAUUGGUUGGCUUUCAUAAUUAGGUUCUUAUUGAUUAUCCUUUAUAUGAAGAUUAAAUUCUAUAAAAUAGAUUAUUCUUAGAAUAAUGUGCUAAAUUAAGGGUUUAUCUUAACAAGAAACACCCAGAUCUCUUUCAUAAGAUGUUCCUUUAUGGAAUUGAAGUGGAAAAUGAACUAUUUGAAUUGUUUUUCAAUCUAUUUUCAGAUGUAUUACCUUCAGAAACUCUUUAUAGGGCUUGGGAUCUAAUUAUUUAUUAAUAAUAACAAUCCAUUAAAGCUACUUCUGAAAGAGGAAAUAUUAUCAUUUCAAUUACAGCAACUAUAUUGUUAAGAGUACACAAGAAAAUUAAUAAUAUCUCUAAUCAUUUGACCUUUUUGGCAGCGAUUAAAGUAGAAGCUAUGUUGAUUAAUGAUGUUACUGAAUUCCUAACAGAAGUAUUAUAAGUGUAAAAAGACUUAAAUCUAGCAGUUUAAAUCGAAUAUUAGGAAGAAGGACCACCAAAAUUGGAACCUUAAGUUGAGUAUAAAAGUAAAUUAUUUCAUUAUAAUUUUCUAUAGUUAAGUCUGAUUAUAGAAUUUUCGAUGUUUUAGAUGAAAAACAUCCAAAAGGUUCAUAAUAAAUGUAAGUAUAUUAAUAUUUAAAUUUUAUUGAUUUUUGA